UAUCACUCGCUAAUACGACAGACUCUUAUAUACAUUCUUCAGGGCCAAGAAGAGUGAAGGCGUCAUGGCAACAUUUGCUACGUGUACCGAUUUACAUCGCCAUCCCUCGACACGCAAUGCGGGAUUAGCUGCCAUCUCUUUCUGCGCCAACGACAAUGCAGACGAUGAGCUGCAAGGCGUGCCUCCUGCCACUUCCUAUAUAUUCGGACAGUGCCAAUUUCUCAAGAGCCUCUCUCACCCAAACCUUUGCGAAUACUUAGAUGCCAUCAAAGGGAAGCGAGAUCGAGUUUUCGUUGUCCAGGAGCACUACAGCAACUCAUUGGAUCUCAACCGUAUUACAUUAGAGAAAGAGCAAGAGAGUACUUCACCGAGAGGACAAAGCAUUACGAGGAUUCGAAAAUGGGCAGCGCAAAUUAUAGACGCACUUAUAUAUCUUAAUUCCCAUGGGAUCGUACAUCGUGCUUUAACAAUAUCCAAUAUCUUAUUGACUGAGGAUGAUUUUGUGAAGUUGAGUAACUAUGGACUCUAUUAUAUGACCAAAGGCGGUACACUUGUUCAGUUUUCGAUUGGGGAGCCCCACUAUCUCUCGCCGAUGGCUUUGGCGCAGCCUUACACAUUAUCUCUUCAGGAUUAUUCUACAGAUCUGUGGUCCGUGGGAGUUAUUAUGACAGAGCUAUUUCUAGGAGUGUCAUUCUGGCGCGCGGAUCGAUCGGAUCUGGAUGAGCUGAUCGCAUCGCUCUUUGCCCUACGGAAAUUGUCGACCACAUCCAAUAACUGGAUCCAAGAUUGUUCAGAAAAUGUUGGCAUCAACCCAAUUGUAUUGUCGUUUUUGAAGACAGGCAGAGCUCCGGACCAGGAUCGAGUAAAGGAACAAGAGCGUGAGCAAGACAAGAGAGAGGAACAGAUCCAAGAGCAGGCGGAUCAAACCAGCAAGGAAGAAAACGAGCUCAAUACAUUUAUCUGUUUCCUGAGAGCUUGCUUGAGCUUGGAGGCUUUCAAUAGCAUUGAGCCAGCGCAAAUUCGCAACCAUGAUUUCUUUAAAGCUCUUGAUGUACUUCAUCGAGAAGGCGAACAAGCUACAGGAUACAGGUCAAAAAUGUGGCAUCAAAAGCCAUAUAUCCAGUCAACAUCUUUGCCCGACUACGAAGGGGAAGUCAAGCGGCUGCGGGACGCAAUUACUCAAAGAAGGUUAGCCCUAAAUGAGGACAAGGGAACCAAAAAGCAUCCGACUAAGAAUGAAUUGCUUUAUAAGCUCCCUUUGUCACAAGUAUUCUACCUUUGGAAGUUGGCUGGGGGCGAUGUCGAGGCUCAGUUCCGGAGAAAUGGACGUCUUGUGGGAACACCUCCUAUACAGCUCUUACCCAAGGUGGUUCACGUCGCAGAAACCAAAGAUGAACGUUAUCAGCAUCAUGUUCGUGAUAUUGCCGAUCUAUUUUCAGACGUUCCAUGUAUUCUACCGCUCGAUAAUCUAGAGAGUGAAAUUUUGAAGUCAAUCCAUGAACCUAACAAGGAUCAAUUUUCGUGGGAUACGGAUUACUUCUUGUUCUCGGAUCCAGAUGAAAUGAACUUUUUGCAGGGCACGAUGGGGGAUGACAAAUAUAAAGAUCGUGGAACCAGCGGUAAAGACGAUGAUUUUCUCUACCCAGACUCGAUGCGGUUUACGAACAUGAAUGUGGCCUUUAGGAAAGCGCCCGCUUCUUUAUCAUCGUCAACACCAUCAAACACAGUAGGAGCCUCGGCAUCAGGUGGUGCACCAUCACUGGCACAGCAGCCCAAUAAAGCGCGCGUCAAAGUGCCACUUGCGAUCCGAGAAAAAGAUCUGGGUUACCAGUAUCAGCGGCUUUCAAUGUUUACAGAUCUAUUGCUUCAAUAUCCAGCCUCACGUGCAGAGAUUCUACAUCAUUCCAAGAUCGAUAUCCCACCACUUCUCCGUGGCAAAGUAUGGGCUGCCAUCCUCGGGGUUGUCGGUGACUACCAAGAGGUGUACAACGGGUACGACAAAUAUACGGAGAAGCCAACAGAUCGGCAAAUUGAGCUAGAUGUGCCGAGAUGUCAUCAAUACAAUCAACUGAUGUUCUCCCCUGCUGGUCAUGAGAAGAUGAAGCGGCUACUCAAGUGUUGGGUUAAAGCAAAUGAGAACCAAGCCUACUGGCAAGGACUGGACUCUUGUUGUGCUCCGUUUUUGACCUUGAACUUCAAUGACGAGGCAUUAGCGUUUGCAUGCAUACAGUUGUUCCUGCCAAAGUUCUUAAAGGAUAUGUUCUUGCAUGAUAAUUCGCAGGUUAUUCACGAAUAUCUGGCGGUUUUUAAGCAUCUCCUUUCAUAUCAUGAUCCAGAGCUGUCUAGUCAUCUGGAUCAUAUCCGAUUCAUUCCACAGCUCUAUGCUAUACCAUGGUUUAUGACCCUAUUCACUCACAUUUUCCCACUUGAUAAAGUAUAUCAUCUCUGGGACAAAAUACUCGUCGGACCUUCUUCACUCCCACUUUUUGUUGGUAUUGCAAUAUUACAGCAAUUUCGCCAACAGUUACUACGAUCUGAGUUCAAUGAGGCCAUCAGUAUUUUCUCUGAAUCCUUCCCAGGAAUGGACAUCGAAAAGUGUAUUGAAACUGCACUGGCAAUGUGUCGUGUCACGCCACCAUCUACUUGCUGGCUAUCGUACGAUCAAGAAUCGAGGGAAAUACGAGAGCAGCUACACUUGCCAAUAACAAUAUCAACAGCCGCAAUCCCUGGAAAAGUAGUUAAUGGCGAAGUCGGGGGACAAAAACCAAACGGUAAAGAAAUCAGUCAAUCUUCCGCAGGGCCAACAGCCCCUGUAGAUCAUAAUAUUUACAGCAGCUCUAAAGCAUCCUCGGAUCAUCAGGAGUUGAAGAGACCGAAAGAAAUCGAGAAGCGAAUAUCAGGUGGUGUAGGGGUCUUGCACUGGUGGGAAGAGCCUCUUUCAAUCGAAACAAUGGAUGCAGAACUUGCUCCGCGAAUACAUCGUUCUGAUUUUGUGAAGCUUCGCCAACAGGCCAUGGUGAUUGAUAUUCGGCCUGAAGAAGAGUUCUGCAAUGGCCACUAUCCACUUUCAAUUCAGAUGGUCCCUGGCCAACUGGGGCUAUUGGUGCACAUUCUAGGGAAACUUAAAAAAAACUAUCUCGUCGUGAUCGCCAAUAGAGGGGAUUCUGGGCCAGAGUUUGCCUCGGCAUUGGUGCGACACGGCUUUUCAAGAGUCGCACUAUUAAUGGGUGGCAUUGAUGCCCUUCGAAUCACGGAACCUGUGAUGUCGUUGACAUCUAAUUCUGCAAUACCAGGGAAUCAAGCAUCACCGUCCCUUUCUACUGUCAGUACCGCAUCCACGGCAGUGACAGGUACGACGACAACUACAAUAAUUACGACACCAACAAUCUGUUCUUGUAAACCAUUCCGUCAAGCUAUUACGGUGCAGAGCAAAAUCAAAGAUGAAGUGGCUGUCCAGAAAUGUAAGACACCAUUUACUCAAAAGAAGAUGCGAACGACGAUGGCUGCGUAGACUAGUGUAAUACUUAUUAUCU